AUGUCUGACGCCCCUGCCCCCACUGUUCCUAAAGGCCACCCUCUCGCCGAGCUUGGAAAGUCCUCCAAGCCUUUGGAUGAGCUGAAGCGUGUUUACUCCAACAAGGAGACCCGUGAGGAGGCCCUGCCUUGGUUCUGGAACGAGUUCUACAACGACGAGGAGUGGUCGCUCUGGAAGCUCGACUACAAGUACAACGACGAGCUCACCUUGACUUUCAUGUCCAACAACCUGAUCGGUGGCUUCUUCAACCGUCUUACUGAGUCCACCAAGUACAUCUUUGGCUGCGCCGUUGUCUAUGGUGAGAACAACGACAACGGUAUCCAGGGUGCCUUUGUUAUCCGCGGCAAGGACUACAAGCCCGCUUUCGACGUCGCCCCUGAUUGGGAGUCUUACAGCUUCACCCGUCUUGAUGCCUCCAAGCCUGAGGACCGCGCUCUCGUCGACGACCUCUGGGCCUGGGACAAGCCUCUUCUCAUUGACGGCAAGGAGCGUGAGAUUGCCGACGGCAAGGUCUUCAAAUAA